AUAUGACAGAAACCAUGAAUCCUCACCUCGAACUCCAUCAAAUUGGUAAGCUUACGCUGCAUGGGGCGGCGUCAUAAUAAGCCACGUAUCCCCAGUGUACGGACAACAUGAUUACCGGGACGACGGCAUCAUCAGUUAGCGAACGCUCUCCGUCCAGAUGUGCGCUGUCUAAUAACGGGUCUGUCCUGGCGCGCUGAAAGUUUUCUCAGUCACCGAGCCGACCCGGCUAAAGCUUCAAUCGCCCCGGCCUAACAUUGCCUGUGUGUACAGGGAUUUGUUUGCGACAUUUGCCGAGAGGACAGAAUUUCCUUAAGCUCAUCAUUAACCGACAUAUAGGUAGCCGCUGUCAGGGACGGGUAAACGGAAGAUGGAAUAGUCAUUGGACUGAAGCCGCUCGAGAUAACACGAAGCCGUCAGCCUAAUUCGAGAGAGAUGACUGAUGGGUGAAACGUGCCACACGAAGCAUACAUUUUGUGUCAUCAGGAGAAACUGUCCACAGACACGUACGCAACAGUGUGCACGUCAUCUAGUAGGAAAACAUUAAUUUCCACCCUUUCCCCUCAUAUCUAAUACAUUUCAGGCUUAUCUUUGGGGAAUAUGGACAUUCCUGUAAGCGAGCACUGAAGUAGAGAGCAUCGAGAAUAGCUAUUCUCUUAGUUGCUGGUGUAGACAUUGAUAAAUUCCCUACCACGCACAGCCACUUUAUCCAAAACGAAUUGGGAAGCAACAAGCGCAUAUGAUCCCAGUGUCAUUAAAAUGGAUAAUAUAACCACCUCUACGGAUGGCAAGCCUCCAGAGGAAUUUGUCUUCAGCUCGGCAGCCAAGAUCGCAUUGACCGUGGUCAUCUCCGUGGUGUCAGCGAUGGGAUUAUUCGGCAACGCCAUGGUCGUAUUCAUCGUCAUCCGCUACAAGGACAUGCACACUGUCAUCAACUACUCGUUCGCUAAUCUAGCCCUGACUGACCUGACGAUGCUGCUACUUGACGCUCUGCCCACUGCUGCCGAUACCAUGGAUACCAACUUUUCGGCCAGCCUCGGUUGCAAUAUCCCGAUUUAUCUGCAAUACGUUUCCGCUGAGGUGACGAGCCUGACUCUUGCCUUUCUCUCUUACGACCGCUACCGCCUUAUACUCCACCCAAUUCGAACCCUCCAUCGGCGAUCGCCCAAGGCUAUGCUGAAGAUAUUCCUCGUUAUAUGGCUAGUGUCCUUCAUACUCCAGAUUCCCACUGCAUUGGUUGCUGGUUUGACGACAGAGGGCGCAUGCUCCGAAUAUAACGUUCCCUGGGGUCAGCAGUACUUCUUUUCCUACACUCUACUUUCCCUAUACGUCGUUCCAUCUAGUAUCAUCGUGAUCUGUUACGUCAGUAUGGGCCGGAAAAUGUUCGCAGCAGGCCCGCCAAGUAGUAUGAAGGCCCACAGGCGGAGGCGUAGUGUCGUCAUGAUCUUAACGGUCAUCGUGUUGUUCGCCGUCUGCUGGGCGCCUGUCCAUGCAGUUCACAUGUGGUUGGCCUUCGACCCGGAAGUUACGCCUCGGCGCCCGCUCUACGUGGUGCUGCACACAGCCGCCAACGUGCUGAUGUUUGUAAACAGCAGCGUUAACCCGUUUGUGUACGCCCUCAUCGGCCAGUCAUUCCGCAAGCACAUCGAGGAGAUGGCGAUCUCCAUAGCCAAGUGCCAGCCAAGGUUUGCUUUUCCGAACGAGAGGACUGAGAGUCAUCAGCACCUGUACGGAGCGAACCACAGCGCGUCGGGAGUGCCGAGGAUACUAGAGGAUUCCUCAAGUUUCAGCAGAUCCGAAAAUGCGUGCAGGAGCAUCUGCUCAUCAACGUGGCUUUGAAUUCAGUUGUCCCUAAUAGCCUCACCCUUUUCUUAAGGGCAUGAUGCUAACUUUUUACCUCAGUGGGUCGCACAAUUUUUCAUCGCCUUUACUCCUCAACUAAACGCGUGUCACCCGUCACAAUGAUUCAUACUUCGGUCUGAACCGGUAGCCCAUUUGUGUCGAUGACCAGAAUUGCCUUAUUGGACUCAUGCGCCUUGGUUUACGAGAGACUGUAAGCAUUUAAGAUCAAUCUUGACUAGUUGUUGACGAACUCUUUUAAUCACAGCAGUCUCAAAAUAAACGAUGAGGAGAAUCUUUCAUACAGUGAAGCAACUUAAUGAGCAAAACACAACUGCGUUUUUUGGUCAAUGAAUAAUGUGAACUGUUUAAGUCAGACGACUAGCAUCAACUUUAGGCUCUUAUUUAUUGAGGAUUGUUCAAUAGCACUGUAAUACAAGAACAUUUGAUGGCAAAACCAGUGCAACAAUUAUCUAGGUUUUCCUGGCUAAAGUCGUGAAACCGAAAGCCUAACAUAGAACGUUGGCCUCUUUGGCUUGAUGUAAACUGCUGAUUUUAAAAAUCACUACAUAAUUUGCAUAAAUCGGUGUUUAUCACUGUUCGGAGUGUUACAUUGGCUUGAACGGGACAUUACAUUGAGUCCGUCGGACAGGUUAAUAUACAACCAAAUGACAUUUACACAAAAGGCUGCACGCGGGAAGCCACCUGCACAUAGCAUUGGCACCAGCGAUACCACCAUACUCUGCAGACGGGUGAUUUGAAUAAACAGAGCAACGUGGAUUAAUGUACAAGUGUAUGGACAUUGGCGUAGAAAGGUUUUAUCUGGGUGGAGGCAA